ACGUCCUCAGAUCCAUCUCACCCUGCCCACUGCCCAGCCCAGCAGCCGCUGCUUCACUAGCCAGUGUCUUCUCUUUUGGCAACUCAACUCGCUUGAGCGAAAUGGCCCUGGCUGGUAGGCUGCUCGUCCUCCUCGCCGUCGCUCUUCUCGCCGUGUCCAUCAUCGCCGAGCACAAGGUGUUUGCCUCAGGAACCGAAGAGCAUGAGGAUAAUGUGUACCGAGUGAGCAAGGGAGGACAGGGCAGUCUCAAGAUAUACCAGUGCAAGCCGGCGUGCGAGUACCGGUGCAGCGACACCAAGUACAGGAAGCCGUGCCUCUUCUUCUGCAACAAGUGCUGCAACACGUGCCUGUGCGUGCCGUCGGGCCUCUACGGCCACAAGUACGAGUGCGGCUGCUACAACGACUGGAAGACCAAGGAGGGACGCCCCAAGUGCCCCUAGUUACAAGAUUUGGUCUUCUGACGGCCCGCCGUUGAUGCCGUUGCUCGAUCAGCCUAGCCGGUAGUUACAUGUAACAGGUGUAAGAAGAACUCGAUCGAGAUCUGGGUUGUCUGUAGUAUGUCGCGUGCGUCCGCCUCUUCUCUGCGACUCCAGAGGGCGGCGCACGCGGUUGUAUCGUGGGAUUCGCCGCUCGGUUCACGACCUGGAACACGCGUAAAUCACAGUUUGUUGCAUGUUGGAGGAGGCACGCCGUCGCAGUUGUU